AUGAUGGAAGCUACGAUCUCCCACACACCCCCGGCUUCCAGAGUAAAGAAGGACAGAUCUAGUCGGCGGCGUAAGCUUCAGUGGUCCAAUAGCCCCAGGAGAUCCACAGUGAUGUCUGGUGGAAGGUCUUCAGCUCGGAAAUCCCGGCAGCACAAGCGCAGGGGGCUGACAGCAUUAUUCUGCAGGGCCUGCUUUAAAAAGCCACUGGAGGAGGGGGUCACCCAGAGAUCUACACGCACUUCCACAGGGAGAAGUGUGCAUGGCAGGUCCUCGACCUUCCUGCACUUGUUGGGGCUUUCAUUUGGCGCUCAACUUUCUCCAAGAGGUGGCAAAUGCCAGUUUGGGCCAUGGUCAUGGUACGGAAACACUGCAAAGGCCACAACCAUGUCUCAGCUGAGAGCAGCCUCUUCUGGGAGCUCCUGCCAGAGGCUGCCAGCCAACGUGCCUCUCCCUGAGCCCCGAUCUCAAGCCGCGGCUGAGGCCCCAGAAAUCAGUGCUGCCGGGCCUCCUCCUCCUGGCACAGGCAGCAGCUGCCUUCCUUCCUCUCCUCCUCCCCCAACAGGCAUUCUGGGGUGGGGUGGCCAGGUGUCCCGGUGGGCUGCCAAGGCCCCUCCCAAGCUCACUUCAACAGAUUUCCACAGCCUGCCUCCCCAACUGGUGACCCGUCUGCUGAUCUCACAUCCCGCGCAGCUUCUUGGUGAGAGGCAUUCAGGGACCUGGAACUACCUUUGGACACAGGGAGGGCAGAAGCUCUUCUCUGCCCAUGAGACCACCUUAGGAAACUCACCUCACCAUCCCGGCCCCUUCCGAAACGUGGGGCUCUCCAAGGCGGCCCAGACUCACCGGCUUCGGAAGCUGCGUACUCCUUCCAAGUGUCGCGAAUGCAACAGCUACGUCUACUUCCAGGGAGCUGAGUGCGAGGAGUGCUGCCUGGCCUGUCACAAGAAGUGUCUGGAAACUCUGGCCAUCCAGUGCGGCCACAAGAAGCUGCAGGGAAAACUCCAGUUGUUUGGACAGGACUUCCAGAAGGCAGCCCGGGGCACUGCCGACGGCAUCCCCUUGGUCAUCAAGAAAUGCCUGUCUGAGAUCGAAAGGCGGGCGCUCAGGACCAAGGGGAUCUACCGGAUCAAUGGCGUGAAGACGCAUGUGGAGAAGCUCUGCCAGGCGUUGGAGAACGGCAAAGAGCUGGUGGAGCUAUCGCAGGCCUCCCCGCACGACAUCAGCAACGUCCUGAAACUCUACCUGCGCCAGGUGAGCCUUGGCCCGGAGGCUGCGGGUGGGCCUCACUGGGGCGAUGAGUGGGGGGUCAGACUGACUUCACCUCUGCGCCCUCUGCACUGUCUGGGCCUUCCUCAGACGGAGGGGCUUCUGACCUUGUCCCGGCCAUUCUUUGGGUCUCAGUCACCUCAUCCCACGAUAAGGAGGUUAGAUGUGAUGACCUCUGGGACCUCCUCCAGCUUCAGACCUUGUACUCUGUCUGCUCGUCAGGGCCUGGGGUGGGACGAUGGGAACGUCCGUGUCCCCAACGGGCUUCGCAGUCGGCUUUCCUGUCAGGAGGAGCCGACGAAUAGCCCCGUCCCUAAAAUCAGCCUCUCUCAGGCUGAUUGAUGGGUGUUUAGAGAGGGCAGUGGUUAUUUCUGUGGCGUUGUCAAGGACAAGUCAGGCCAGACUAACCCCAUCUCGUUUAGCAGGUGCUUACUGAAUGUUUAUUGAUUGAUUUGGGGGCAGGGUUAUCAGAAUAUAGCUUAGAGUUGGGAGGAAUGCAGCCAUCUGAGAGCAUCUUGGGCAGGGAGGGGGUAGGGCUGGGAGGAAGAAUGCCAUAGUCUUAGAGCAUCUCUGGGCUUUAAAACUUUUUUCUUUCGGGGGAUGAGGUGGGGAUGUGGGAGGCAAUCAGGAUUAAGUGACUUGCCCCGGGUCACACAGCUAGUAAACGUCUGAGGCUGAAUUUGAACUAGGUC